CACUCACUCUUUUGUUCGAAAUAUCGCCAUUUGACCAUGGCCGAAUUUAAACUUAAGAAUCUGGGAUUCCAUACUACACAAAAGCUGACUUCGACAAUAAAUCUUGGCAAUCGGAUAACGCAACUGGGUGAAUCACUCAGGUAUGCUCGCCAGUCCCUUUCACAGUUGACAGUUGCCCCUUUGACAGCUCUAAAUACGGUCCCGCCUGUAUCGCCGUCCACAGAGGAGCAACCAUCCGUACUUGAAACGCCAGCUCCAGAUCAAACCAUUGGAAAGCUUACUGUUAACAUUGUUGAAGCUCGGAACCUCAAUAUCACCAACCCAAAAUCUGCUCGACCAUAUUGUUUGCUUCAGUGUGAUAAGAACGAAUUCUCAACGUCCGAUGGAAGUGGUACAUUAAAGUCCACUGUAGAUAGCCAAGCUCAAUCGCUUGCGAUCCCUAUACCCAACGCAAAAGCAUCCAAGCCUGAUCCUUUCCAGGUGGCAAUGCAAGCAAGUUGUCCAAAGUGGCAAUAUGAAGUGGUUUUUGAUAUUAUUCGUGUUGAUUGCGAUCUUACUAUCUCUGUUUAUGACCAAGGAAACACGUCUGCUUCAGGAGAAGAACGAUUUCUUGGCUGUGUGACUAUCAAACCUCAAUUCAAACAUAAGCAUACUAUGGACAACUGGUUUCGGCUAGAGGACCGAGACACUACGGGAGAAGGGUCUGUUUCUGGUGAAGUUCGGCUGCAACUGACAUAUACCGCUUCAGAGUUGUCCUCGAAGCUAUCCCCCUCUUCAUUCCGAAUGAUUCGAUUACUUGGACAUGGCUCCUUUGGAAAAGUUUACCAAGUUGUGAAGAUAGACUCCAAUCGAACUUACGCUAUGAAGGUCUUGUCAAAACGAGCCGUUAUUUCACGCAACGAAUUAUCACAUACGUUUUCGGAACGGAAUGUUCUGGUACGCACAAGUGAAAGCCCCUUCAUUGUCGGUUUGAAAUUCAGCUUCCAAACCGCCGAUAAGCUUUAUCUCAUCAUGGAUUACGUUUCUGGUGGAGAGCUCUUUGGUCACCUGCAACACGACAAAAUGUUUAGCGAAGACAGAGCUCGAUUCUAUACAUCGGAACUAUUAUGCGCACUCGAACAUUUACACAAGUAUAAUGUUGUUUAUCGAGAUCUGAAACCCGAAAAUAUCCUUUUGGACCAUAACGGCCAUGCAUGUCUCAGCGACUUUGGCCUGUGUAAGGAGAAUGUUUGCCAAGAUGACACGACCACUACGUUUUGUGGUACAUCUGAAUACCUUGCACCAGAAGUGGUAAGCCGCCAGCCAUAUGGCCGAGCGGUUGAUUGGUGGAGUCUUGGAAUUUUGCUUUACGAAUUGUUGACGGGAUGGCCACCUUUCUAUUCGGAUAACACCAAGAUUCUAUACAGAAAAAUUCUGACGGCGAAAAUACGCUACCCAGCUUCCAUGAGCCUCGAAGCCAAGGAUUUGAUACAACGGCUACUCGAUCGCAAUUCUGCUACGAGAUUGGGCGCUGGACAAGACGAUGCCAAGGAAAUCAAAGCACAUCCUUUCUUUAAGGAAAUUGAUUGGGUUAAGCUUGUGAAGAAGCAAGUUAUGCCUCCAUUCAAGCCAGUCAUGACCGCAUCACAACGAAAAGGUGAUGUAGACGAUGAACUUGAUGUCGGCUCAGACACCAAACACACUCCACUGAGCUCGACUUGGCAAGCAGAAUUUAGAGGCUUCAGCUAUGCUCGCCCCGAUGAUGCAGCAAGCUAUGUCAGUCGGCAGACCAUAACAUCGUUUGAUGACGAUGACUGCGGGUUGUGGUGAUGAAUACACAUCGCCAUAUUUGCUUUUCCUUUGUAAAAGAAAAAAAGCUGUCACCUUACUUUUCCUUGUCUUGAUUUCAUCCUUCCAGUUUUGUAAAUACCGUACCAUUUUUGUAUAAACAUU